CCCUAAAACCCGCCCCAAAAAGGGCUAGAAGGACCAAACUACGGACCAAACUAAGGACCAAGGUUCCACGUCUUCCAGAAGCGCAUUUGGCCAAAACUUUUAAAACGUUCCCAACACGUCACUAUAUUCAAGAUUCAAUCAAGUCUACUGUAGCUACUUCGGCUCGUUUUAAUAUGCAUUUUUUCAUUGUUCCAUAAUUCAUCAAGUAUCCAUCAGUUACAUUUUGUUGUAUAAUCCUCAAUUCUUACGCGCCGACCUUGUCGUUGAUGUAACUUGAUUUUCUCCUCCAUGCCGCCUUGCCUUCCUGUCGUUCGCUCGUCCCACUCCCUUCCAAGAUGCCAUGGCCAUGGCGCGAUCGCGAGACCAACGGCGACCCAUUACUUCCAUUGUCAGUACCUAGUAUUAAUGGAAUAGACCGGGAUUAUAAUGAAGACGGGGAGGAACUCUUAGAACGAGCGCGGUCUACUCAUAGACAGUCGGGACAUGCCCGGACUACAUCUGCACAAUCGCGAUCCGUAGCAGAUGGCUAUUCCUCCCUCACACCAGCCGAGACAGCAGCUCAACUUCACACCUCCUUAAACCACGGCCUCACACCCACCGAAGCCCUUUCGCGAUUACGAGACUUUGGCCCUAAUGAGAUCCCUCAUGAACCUCCGGAUCCAUUAUGGCUACGAUUUAUACUUCAGUUCCGAGAACCCUUGAUUAUUCUACUUCUCGUAUCCGCAUUUCUCUCUAUUUUCGUAGGUAAUAUGGACGAUGCCGUUAGUAUCACUAUCGCCGUGACAAUAGUCGUCACAGUUGGGUUUGUGCAGGAAUAUCGAUCCGAAAAGUCUAUCGAGGCUCUCAACCACUUAGUCCCAAAUCAUGCCCAUCUGGUCAGGGCGCAACUUACGCGGCCUCUUCCUAGCACUAAGAAUGGAGCGUGGCCCCCGGCUAUUAGCGACCCAGAAGAAAAGACCCCUUCGACCGAUUCGGAGACACCAGACGAAGAAUUGAUGGAAGCUACGUCGUCCAAAGUCAUGGCAGCUCAAUUGGUACCUGGAGAUUUAGUCUUGUUUACCACAGGCGAUCGUAUUCCAGCUGAUAUCCGAAUCACGAAAGCUACCGAUCUAACCAUCGACGCAUCAAAUCUUACAGGGGAGAAUGAACCGCUAAGAAUGACCGCCGACGCACGAUUUCGCAGUACACACGCACCCUCUGCCUUCGAUCAAUCUGCAUUACGCCUCCCUAGCCCCUCUGUAUUAUCUCCACCUUCGUACAAUGGACAGCCUAAAGAAGACGCACGCAAUCGCGGGAUCAACAACAUCGCAUAUAUGGGAACUCUGGUUAAGUCUGGCCAUGGUCAAGGAAUUGUCUUCGCCACAGGUGGUCAUACACAUUUUGGUACAAUCGCCACGAGCGUGUCGGGGACCGAAAGCCCCCGGUCUCCCCUCCAAGUGAAUAUGGACCAUCUAGGGCAACAGCUCAGUCAGAUAUCAUUUGGUAUAAUCGCCCUAAUAUCGUUGGUUGGGUUGCUUCAAGGCAAGAAGCUUCUUGAGAUUUUUACGAUAUCUAUUUCGCUUGCUGUUGCGGCAAUCCCCGAAGGGUUGCCCAUCAUUGUGACGGUUACCUUGGCCCUCGGCGUUCAUCGCAUGGCAAAGCACAACUCGAUUGUUCGAAAGAUGCCGAGCGUGGAAACACUAGGCUCUGUAAAUGUCGUCUGCUCUGAUAAAACGGGAACGCUGACUAUGAAUCACAUGACAACGGCGAAGAUGUGGUAUUUUGGAUCUGAGGGACCAAUUGACGUCGAUUCGGAUGAUGAGGCAACGGAAAGGACGCCCGACACUGCUGCACUCAGGAUUCUGCGCAUUGGCAAUAUUGCGAAUAAUGGACGGCUUGUUCAUUCCGCCAACGGAGCACUACCAGAUUCUCAAGGCAGAGAUUUUGCGCCUUACACGCGAUGGGUUGGCCAACCAACCGACGUUGCGAUGCUUGAUUUGCUUGAUCGAUUUAAGGAGCACGAUGUGAGGGAUUCUAUCGGACCUCGAACAGCCGAGACUCCUUUUAGCUCAGAAAGAAAAUGGAUGGGUGUAGUAAUUGGAGCGCAACCUGGGAAUAGCGACAAGGAAUACGCCUAUAUGAAAGGCGCUAUAGAUAAAGUUCUUGAUAGUUGCGACACGUAUCUCACAGCUGACGGGCGCGAGGUUAUCAUAGACUCUGUUCGACGUCAAGAAGCACUGCAAGCAGCUGAGAGGAUGGCCGAAAAGGGGCUAAGGGUCUUGGCCUUUGCAAGUGGCCCAGUCGCCAGAUCUAGACGAAGCAGAUCUGAACACCCAUCUACUAGAAGCACCACGCCCUUAAGUGGGGAUGGAAGUCAAAGUCCGCUGCCUCAACACGAGGAAUUAUACAAAGGCUUGACUUUUGCAGGAUUGGUCGGGAUGAGUGAUCCUCCACGCCCGGGAGUUUCUCGCUCUAUCCGAAAGCUGAUGCGAGGUGGUGUUAGAGUCAUAAUGAUUACUGGAGACUCUGCAACCACGGCAUUGGCCAUUGGAAAAGAGCUUGGUAUGCAAAUUGCUACCCCCCGCGAACAUUCAUCAAACCAGAGCGCAGUGAAGCCUGUCCUCACUGGUGAGGAGCUUGAUGCAAUGAGCGAAGGCGACCUAGCGACCGCAAUGCACACCACAACCAUUUUUGCACGAACAAACCCGGAUCACAAAAUGAAGAUUAUUCGAGCACUUCAGUCUCGUGGUGAUAUUGUUGCCAUGACCGGGGAUGGAGUCAAUGACGCACCAGCAUUGAAAAGGGCUGAUAUUGGUAUUUCUAUGGGGUUGCAUGGAACCGACGUUGCUAAAGAGGCUUCGGACAUGAUUCUAACUGACGACGACUUCUCCACGAUUCUCCAUGCCAUCGAAGAAGGCAAGGGCAUAUUUAACAACAUUCAAAAUUUCAUCACGUUCCAGCUUAGCACCAGUGUAGCUAGCUUAGCUCUAGUCUUCCUCUGCACAUGCCUAGGUUUCCGAACUCCCUUGAAUGCCAUGCAGAUUCUCUGGAUUAAUAUCAUCAUGGAUGGUCCUCCUGCGCAAUCCCUAGGCGUAGAGCAAGUUGAUCCGGAUGUGAUGUCGCGCCCGCCACGUUCUCGAAGCGAACCGGUUCUCACGAGGGCUCUGCUCCAGCGCGUUUUGACUUCGGCCGCGAUUAUCAUGGCGGGCACAAUGGUCGUAUACACUCACGAGAUGCUGGAUGGCGAAGUCUCUCGACGCGACACGACGAUGACAUUUACCUGUUUUGUGCUAUUCGACAUGUUCAACGCAUUGACUUGUCGGUCGGAAAGCAAGUCCGUGUUCAGGGGCGAGGUGGGCUUGUUCUCCAACAAACUAUUCAAUUGGGCGGUGGCACUAAGCUUAGCUGGCCAAUUGCUCGUUAUUUACUUCCCGUGGCUUCAGGAGGUGUUCCAGACAGAGGCUCUGGGACUGGUCGAUCUUAUCAGAUUAGUCGCGUUGACGAGCUCGGUGUUCUGGGCUGACGAGGUUAGGAAAUGGUACAAAUAUGGGCGCAGACGGUUGGGCGGAUACAGUCAGGCCGUAUAGAGGUUCCGGGCGGAGGGACUAACCCGCCUCGUGUGGUGUCUGAGUAGGCACCUACACUGUAUAUGAACUCCUUUGUUGGGUUACACG